GUUUUACCAGAAGACGCGAAAAUUUUCUAUUACUAUAAUUUCAGUUUAUCUGUCAGAAAUAUGAAAUUUUGACAGAUGACGUUUAUUUGGAAUAAUCAAACACGUUCGUUCUAUUGGUAGCUUUUUCUCAUUGAUUUUUUUGCUCUCAGAAUUCAAGAUUUCUUUUUACUUUUUUUUUUGAGAAAAAGAACAUAAUGGAUAUUGCUAAGUCUCUCUUUAAUGUGCGUGAUCAUGAAGGUUAUGUGGGAAAAGAGGAUCACAACAAAAAGUUGGAAACUGCUAUAUCUGACGAUGAAUAUGAACUAGAUGGAACUGGCCUCGAUGGAGAAGGCUUAUCUCCAGCACCUGGAGGGCCAUUUUCAGCUCUUACACCAUCAAUGUGGCCACAGGAUAUAUUGGCAAAGCUUAAUCAGCCUGAUGAUCCUAAUUCUCAGCCUGAAUAUCGAUUCGAUGAAUUUGGUUUUCGAGUAGAGGAGGAAGAUGGUCCUGAGCAGAGUUCAAAAAAGUUACUAGGUAUUCCAUUUGUUGAAGAUCCUCAACACAGGCUACAAUGGGUAGCUCUUCUUGAAUUUAGCCAUAAUAAAGAAGUCUCGGAACUUUCCUGGCAGCACAUAGACCAACGUUUACCAAGAACUGACAAACUGAGGGAAAUGGUCCGUUGUGGGAUACCUCACUCUCUUAGGCCACAAAUUUGGAUGCGAAUGUCAGGAGCCCUCCAGAAGAAUUUGGCAUCUGAAAUAAGCUACAAGGACAUAGUAAAAGCAUCCAGCAAUGACGCCUUGAUGACCAGCAAACAAAUCGAGAAAGACCUGUUACGUACCAUGCCAGCGAACGCCUGUUUCAGUCAUCUAAGUAGUACUGGAAUACCAAGGCUACGUAGAGUAAUGCGUGGGCUUGCUUGGCUGUAUCCUGACAUAGGAUACUGUCAAGGCACUGGAACUAUGGCAGCUUCGUUACUACUCCUACUUGAAGAAGAGGAUGCAUUCUGGAUGAUGGCUACCAUCGUCGAAGACUUGCUACCAGCAUCUUAUUACUCCUCCACGCUUCUAGGUAUACAAGCGGAUCAGAAAGUUCUCAGGACUCUGAUAGCAAAUUACUUACCAGACAUCGACCACGUCCUUGUCCAGCAUGACAUAGAAUUGAGCCUUAUCUCGUUACACUGGUUCUUGACACUGUUCGCUUCAGUGGUACACAUGAAGAUCCUUUUGAGGAUCUGGGAUUUAUUUCUCUUUGACGGGUCCAUAGUUCUGUUCCAGAUUACCCUUGGAAUGUUAAAAAUCAAAGAGACGGAACUAAAGCAACUUGAAAAUUCAGCACAAAUAUUCAACGCGUUAUCGGACAUUCCUGGUGAUAUCGAUGACGUAGAUCAGUUACUCGAAGUGUCUCUGGAACUUAGCGGGUCCUUGACUGACGUCUUGGUUGAGACCCACAGAAGAAGACACUUGGCCUAUUUGAUGACUGAUCAGGGUGCCCUAGUUGGGAAUCCUGACGCCACACCUAAUUUGCCUAAACAACACUUAAACAGACGACAAGUUAAACGGAACAAGUCUGUGCUGCAAACAUUUUUGUUUGGCGACGACACCAGCGAGGACGAUGCUAAAUCAAAAAAUAUUCGUCAAACAGAAAUAUUGGUGGAUCUCAGGGAGGCAGUGCUCCAAGUGGCAAGACAUUUCAUUAACGUUGAUCCUAAAUUGAACAGUAUCACUCUAGUUGCUGACUACAAUAUGGAAAGUCAUGCAAAAGAUCAUGACAAUUAUAUUAACGUUUCUCGCACACGAAAGAGACGUGCCAAAGCUUUGUUGGACUUUGAAAGGCAUGACGACGAUGAAUUGGGUUUCCGGAAAAAUGACAUUAUUACAAUAGUCAGUCAGAAAGAUGAACAUUGCUGGGUUGGCGAAUUAAAUGGAUUGCGAGGUUGGUUCCCGGCAAAGUUCGUAGAAUUGCUUGACGAGAGAAGCAAGCAGUACACCUGCGCCGGUGACGACGCGGUCAGUGAAGCUGUGACGGAUUUAGUCAGAGGUAGUUUGUGUCCAGCUGUGAAAGCAGUCCUGGAGCAUGGUAUGAAAAGACCCUCCUUUCUGGGAGGUCCUUGUCAUCCUUGGCUGUUCAUCGAGGAAGCUUCAAACAGGGAGGUCGAGAAGGAUUUUAAUUCUGUCUACAGUCGACUAGUCCUCUGUAAAACUUAUAGACUGGAUGAAGAUGGGAAAGUCCUGACGCCUGAAGAGUUACUCUAUCGUUGCGUCCAAUCUGUCAAUUUGACACAUGACAAUGCCCAUGCUCAGAUGGAUGUAAAAUUACGUUCUCUAAUUUGCCUUGGACUUAACGAACAAGUCCUUCACCUCUGGCUGGAAGUUCUAUGUUCCUGCGUUGAAGUGGUACAAAAGUGGUAUCAACCUUGGAGCUUUGUAAAUAGUCCAGGAUGGGUGCAAAUAAAAUGUGAGCUACGUAUCCUCAGUCAAUUUGCCUUUAACUUGAAUCCUGAUUGGGAACUGCCACCGAAAAAGGAACAGUCACAGCCACUGAAGGACGGAGUGCGCGAUAUGCUUGUUAAACAUCAUUUAUUUAGUUGGGAUUUAUAAAUUAUUCUCGUCCAGGUGGCAACAGAAAAUAAGUAUUAUCUCAGCUCCAAUGUACAAAGGAUUUUCAAAAGUAACGUGGACAAAGUAAAAACCUUCCGUCAUCGGUUCCGUCCCUCCGUCAUUCGUUCCAUGAGCAACAUGAAUACGUAUACACCUAGUUGAUGGCUCAGUGAUGAUUUAUAAGGACGGACAGCUCUAAUUAAAUUAUGUUCGUAUUAGAAUGCAUAACAUUCAUGGGAUAUUUGUAGAACGUCUAUGGAACGUCUGGAUAGUCUUAGAAGUGUUUCUAGGAUGUUUGUACUCUGAGAGCGUUAAUGCUGCAAUUAAUGAAAUAGUAUCUUAGCAGUUUUCAAUGUCUUCAACCUAUUAUUUAUAUAGAUUUUAUUUAUUUCUUUAAUGGAAGAUUCCUAUUUUUCACUGAAAUAUAUUAUUUAUCUUUUAUGAAUGCGGAGAAUUCUGUAAAAGAUAUUUGAUCUAUUGUGUAAUCUCUCAUGAUACUUGUGUAUAUACGUAAUUAGAAAAUUUAGCUUAGACGCAUUUGUUUUUUCUCUGAACAAUAUACAGGGCGCGUCGUUACGUUUUAUGGUAUUCUUCAGAAUUGGAAUUGGUUUCUUUCAGAUUAGCAUUGUGCAAAUUGAAACAUUUCGGAAUCUAAUAAUUGAAUUGAAGAUGGCUAAUUAAUUAAAAAUAUUGUUUCUUAAUCCCUCAAGUAUCAGUGCCGUAAAUAUACGUCGUUGAACUUUUGUCUCAUCGGCCCAGAAGUUUUAUCGGUAUGACAAUAGUAAUAACUUAUCCUUAAUCUUAAAUAUAUACACUACACUACCAUAUGUACAACACGUUUCUCUUGUUAUUUGUUCUAUAGUUAUGUGCAAUGAAGUUGUGUAUUUUGUCUCCCAGACCGUUCGGGCCGGUGUAAAGCGACGCGGCACAGAGGUUCCGGUACUUGAGGGAUUAACAAUAAAUCGGUCUCUGAAGGAUAUUUGCAUAACAUAACGCGACGACAUUCCGCGUAGAUUUUAUAUUGGAAUUGUUAUUCUAUACUGUCAUUAAUCAUAUCUAAGUCUAAUAAAAUGAUUAGGUGGAUUAACCAAAA